AUGGAAUACAGUGAUGAAGAUGAUAUUGACAUUGAGGAAAUUUUAAAACAAGCUGAAAAUGUCGAAUGCAUCGACGAGAAUAGCAUAAAAAAGUUCGCUACUGUUUUUAAAAAGAAAAAAAAUAAGAAUGAGCGAGAUAGAAUUGAGCAUCCAGACAACCCGGAAAAAUGGGUGAGUAGUGAAGUAGACUUAGACGAAAUGUUAGUGAAUACCAAAAAUUUAAGUGUAUGCACAAAUUUGUAUAAAAGUAUGGUUGAAUGUGAAAUUUUAGGAGAUAUUGUUGAUCUUUUAAAUCAUCCAAAUAAUGAUAUAGUUAUUGAAGUACUUGAUAUCAUUAAAGAGAUAACGAAUCCUUCAAAUUUAUAUGAGUUAGACAAAGAGGUAAGUAACAUAAUAGUUGAAUAUUUAAACAACAAAAAACUAACGCAUUUUGUUAUAAAUGUGUUAGAGAAAAUUAAUGAAGAAGAGAAUGAUGAAUACUACAAUGCUAUGUCUUCUAUCUUUAACAUUUUUGAGAAUAUUUUUGAGUUAGAAAAUAAUUUACAGAAUGACUUAUUGACUAAUUCGAAGUUAUUAUUUUUUUUAUUAAAAAGAAUUACUGUUGAAAUAAAAGGAAAUGAUUCGAAUUCUUUAUAUGCAAGUGAAAUUUUGGUUUUACUUAUCUUACGAAUAAAUCAAUUUGCUGAAAAUGUGUAUGAUGAUUUUUAUUAUACUAUUUCAAUUUUUAAUUCACUUUUAAAAUAUAUUUCAAAAUAUAAAGAUAAAGAUCCUCCCAAUAUUAACAAGAAAGAGAUUCUGCUUAAUUGUUUUCAAGCCAUAGGAAAUUUAUUACUUCUAAAUGAUAAUAAAAAAGUAUUUGAUAGUACUAUAGGUUUAGAAUUAAUGUUGAAAUUACUUAGUGAAAGAAAAUUUUUAUGUUUCCCAUCCUUAAAAAUUUUUGCAAUUGUGCUUAACGAUAAAGAUGCGUGCAACAAAUUUGUAGAGUUAAAUGGGUUAAAAUAUCUAUUCUGCUUAUUUAUGUUAAGGCACAUACAAAAAAAUAAAAUUACCAUAUUUGAAUUUGAAGAAAAUAUAAUUACGGUCAUAUCCAAUUUAUGUAUACACUGCACUGGAACUUACCUAGGAAGAGUCCUAAAUAAGUUUGGAGAAAAAAAAUGUGAGAAAAUUAUCCGCUUGUUAGAAAUAAGGCAAAAAUAUAAUGAUAUCAUUACCAAUGAAAAGAAAAAAAAAAAAAAAAAUUUAUUAGUAAAUGAAAAUUUAAAAAAAAUGAAUAUCCAAAUUGAUGAUGAUUGUAGAAAAAAUCUCGAAUACAUAGAAUUAUGUGACAAGGGAUAUCUCAUAUAUCAGUUAACUGAUGUAAUCUUAAUAGCUCUUUUUUUUAUGAACAAUUCAUAUAUUUCUAAUAAUAUAUUUAUCCAUUUGUACACCAAAAACAUUGACAUACAGUCUAUUUAUGAAAAUAUACUAGAUUUUCAGGAUUGCUUAGAUGAUGAUGAAUUAAAAGAAAAAUUAAAAAAAAUGUUAACAUUUUUUUUAACGUCGUCCAAGGAGUCUAACCUAUUUGUAUAA